CGCGGUUGACGACGUGAGAAUCACUUGAAGUCGUCCGUCUCCCCAGUCUCCUCCAGCACUCAUGCAUCGCUUAUUGCUGGCCAUAGCCGCUCUGGUGCUUGUUCUGACAAAUUGCCAAGUUUUGGAGCAGCCACGACAAGCUGAGAUAAGCCGAUAUUUCAAUGAUGGAGACAGACUCGGCGACUAUCCUCUAUUUCCUUCACAGGGACUUGUUACGAAGAGGAAACAAUUCUAUGCCUGGGCUGGUAAACGCACUGGUGUACCAGAAUUCGUGAAACGAAAACAAUUCUACGCAUGGGCCGGCAAAUAAAGUAACAUAUAGAACGAGGCAAACUAUCAAUCGAUAUCCAUCUUCCACACACCAUCGCCGAAAGAUCUCGAGAGCUCUUUUCUAACAUUGUUUCCACCUCUAUAUCUCUAUUCGCAAUCUCGCUUGUUUAUUUACGUGCUAUAGUGCCAUAUAUGUUAAUCCACUACUUUUGCCGGUGAACAAAUGCAUUAGUUGUCGUAGUUUUCCAUACAUUCAGUUCCUCUGCGUCUCUGCACAUCUCAUCUUUUCCCAUCGCCCAUCUUUUAUACAAUUAUGGUUAUACCCGAGAAAAAUCAACAUAAUUAAAGUGAUUUAUUUUCACGUAUAUGUCACGCG